AUGGCGAAACCGUUGGGUACCACCGGAGAGUUUUUCCGACGAAGGGACGAGUGGAGGAAGCAUCCGAUGCUUUCGAAUCAAAUGAGGCACGCACUGCCUGGUCUCGGAAUCGGUGUUGGCGCCUUCUGCGUUUACCUCGUCGGUGAGCAGAUCUAUAGCAAACUCAUGGGAAACCAAACCUUAGAAAUGGAUAUGCUUCAGGUUAAUACCAUUGGCGAUUGA